UAUUUCCCCAGAGUCUCCCACAAUGGACAAUUCGGAGACUGAAAAUGAAGGACAGUGGGGCGCGGCGGUUGAUAUGCUGUCAAAAACCAUCCAGAACAGGAACGGAAUAGACUGGAAUGACCCCGAUACCCUUGCCAUAGUGCACGACUUCGCCUGGGCAUUCGGGCAUGCUUCAGGAUGGCAAGACUCCAAGGCCAUGUCCCGAGUGGCCGAGUCGCGGCAGCGAGUCCUCGGUGCCAAACAUCCUGACACGCUCAUGUCCGUCUGCUGUCUCGCGGAGAUUCAUUGGCGUCAGGGAAAGUCCGCAACGGCUGUUGAUAUUCUGCUUGAUGCGAUAGAGACGAUGAAGGAGGUUUUUGGCAGACAGGAUCCAACGACAAUCAGAGCCACAGGGAUCUUGGCUGCCGCGUAUUCCCAUCUUGAGGAAUAUGAGAAAGCGGUACAGCUGCAGACGGCGCUGGUAGAGGACGCGGCCACAGUAUUCGGACCACAGCAUCCGGCAACAUUGGCAGCAAUGCACAACCUGGCAUUGACAUACCUGCGACAACAGCGCCCAGAGAAAGCAAGAGAUCUCGUCGCCACUGCACUGCAUGGCAGGAAACAAGUCCUGGGAUUAAGCGACCCCAGUACUCUUGAUUCCAUCGAGAUGAUGUGUCAAAUCCACACUGCUUUGCAGCAGUGGAAAGAUGCAACCGAGCUGUACCCCCAAGCGUUGGAGCUUGCCACCGCUCGCUUUGGCGAUAAUCAUCCUCGCACAAUCCACAUCGCCACGAACCUGGCCUUCGGCCUCCAAAUGAACAGCAAAUACCUCCCUUCCCGCGACCUAUAUCAGAAGACGCUACCUAUGAUUGUGCAGACCUUGGGAUGGAGUGAUCCGCUCACGAGUCAGUCGUAUAACGAACUAGCAUCUCUCCUUCACACAACCGAAAAUUAUCCAGACGCGGAGAAGCUGCAUCGGUGGGUGUUUGAUGCGCGAGAUGCCAUCGGCGCUGCCCACCCUUUGAUGCUGACGUGUGUUGCCAAUUUGGGCUUUGUGUGUCACUUUCAAGGGAAAUACGAGGAAGCGGAGGCUUUCUACCGAAAGGCAGUGGAAGGAAACCAAGGGGCACAUGGAAGCAAAAGCAUCGAUACGAUCAACAGCAUGAGAAGCCUGAUGACCGUCCUCACCAGUCGUGGUAAAUCCAAGGCUGCGGAGAAGAUGGGUUGGCAGGUACUUCAGACAUCGGACGAUUUUCUUGGAUCAGAGCACCUUGUGACACUCGAUAUCGCCAGUGGACUAUCUUCCGCGCUUCGCUCGCAAGGACAAUUCCACGAUGCGGAAGAAUUGAGUCGUCGAGCACUCACUGGAUAUGGGAAGAUCUUGGGAAAGGAUGAUCCCGCAACACUGAGCACUGCCUACGAUCUUGCGACGGCGUUGCACUAUCAGGGCAAACAUGAAGCAGCCGAGAGCCUGUUACACGAGAUGCUAGAAGAUGGAGAGCAAAGAUCAGACGAGGCUUAUAAAACGACUCUUCGUCUUUCCCACAAACUGGGGCUAGUCUUACUCUCCAGGCGGAAAUACGAAGAGUCUGAGACUUUACUCCGGCAGACAAUGGAGAAGCAGGACAGUCUGCUUGGUCCCGUGCAUCCACAUACUCUCGCUAGCACGCAUGACUUGUCUAUCGUCUUGUCUACCCGAGAAAAGUACAGCGAGGCCCAAGGCUUGGAAGAAGAUUUGCUGAAGGCUUGUGGGGAGCAUUUGGGUUCUCAGCAUUAUGAAACCUUGCGGAGUAUGCAGAGUUUAGCCGAUCUCCAUCAGAUCCAAGGCGACGAUACGUUGGCCCAGCAUCUCUACAAAAAGGCUAUGGAUGGGUAUUCCAAACAGUCCAAUGACAAAGACCUUGGAGUUCUUAUGUGCGUGAACAACCUCGGAAACAUUCUCAGACGUCAGGGAAAAUACGACGAAGCAGAGGAAAACUAUAUCUUCACACUCAAUGGAUACGAACAACGACUUGGAAAGAGCCAUUCUUUUACACUGGACUGUCUUUCCAAUCUUGCCAACCUUGAACGAGACCGAGGAAAACAUAAAGACGCCGAGGAGCUGGGCAUGAUCCAAUUCGAAAGGAGACAGAAUGGAUCUCAUGCAGGGAAGCGGCUUGCACUUAUUCCACCAGGACUAGAGAAUGUGACUGAGACCACCAGUCUCAACACACGCUCUGGUAUAUGGCCAUGGGUGAUGAAUAAACAGCAUGAUGACUCUCGACUUUGAUUUUUAGUGUACUUAACUAACCUAAUUACCUCGUAGAGGAUCCGCUGAAGAAGAGUCUGUAUAUAAUUUUAUAAACUUAUCUUUUACGAGUCAAGUAUAUUGUUACUUCU